AUGCUCUCACCUUCUACGAAAACUUCCCAAAAGCCGGAGAAAGACGAAAAGCAACCAGAGAUGGGUGUUUUGAAGUUUGAUCUACCCUCUAAAUCACAUGAGCCCAUGACACUUGACCAGUUUUUCUAUCCAUCUCUUGACAAUGACAAAAGAGACAACGACCAGGUAGUUACGCGAUACGUGACAGAGCGCACCAAUGAUGCCAUCGGAAGCAAGCUAGUGGGAAAGCCUCGUGAGCGACCAAUUCUUGCUAUCGAUCAAAUAUGGAUCAGAGUGCUUGAUGAUAAGACAUUUCAAGGGGGAGUUCCGGAACAGGUUCGCAGACUUAUUACGUUUAAUGAGGAAAACAGUCGCUUUGAGCGACCAAAGACGAUUGAUGCAAUGAUCGAGAUCAUUCUGAGCAUUACGACAGGGUUGUUCUUGCAACAAGAUUUCUUCCCAAAAACAGCAAUGGCAGGAGGACAGACGGCAACUGAAAGCAAGAACGUGCUUCAAAUUUUCCAGGAAUCAGUGCGAAAUAUCAUGAACAAGGAAGCCGUUCUUUACCAAAAUUUUGUUGACACUCUGAAGGAGCCAGAUUCUGAUAUCCACAGGCAUGUCUUCAUUAGAAAGACACCGAAGAAUCCGUAUCACGUCAUCACCGCCGAAACCACAAUGAUCAGGGAGAUCAAAGACAUUCGUGAUGAGUUGAACAUACUUAAGGCGGUUUUUGAAAGCCAACAAGCAGUCUGGCAUCACACAUUCAAGACCGAUGAUUUGGAAACCUUCUCCGGAUUUCGAUAUAGUCAUCCUACAAACCCCACCCAGAUUUUGUGGGAGAUCGAACGCAUUAUCCAGGAAGCUGCUAGUGCUCAUGAAUCUAUCGAUGCACUUCUAGAGUUGCGCUCAAAGCAAGCCAGUAUCAAGGAUGCCGAGUAUGGAAGCCUGCAGGCUAACGACGCUGCAAAGCAAGCCAACACUUCGUUGGUUUUCACCAUCGUUGCUAUUCUUUUUUCGGCACCUCAAUCUGCGUGUCUGUUCCAUUUCUCCUUCUUGCCUUUAAUACCAGCCACCCUGUGGGCAUAUGGAGAUCUUUCCGAUUUUCAACGAGUGAUUCUAAAAAGAGUGCUCAAGAUAAUUUCCUGUCAGAAGACAAGGCACAUGAACUACCACAACCGUCUGCUGUGA